AAGCUCCGGCAGCCCGCGGGACCUGCGGCGGGCCCCCGCCCCGCGUGGGGAUGGCGCCUCCGGCGGCCGGCGGCGCCGUGCGUCUCCCAACGGGCAGCUCACCACCGCAGCAGCCCCACGUCGACAGCUUCGACGAGGCCGUGACCACAAUCCUCGACGUCCUCGGCUCGAGCGCCGCCGAGGCACCGUGUGUCGAGAAGGCCGGCGUGGCGGCGGAGCUCAGGGUGCGCCGCUGCCUGGAGCGCCUCAUCCGCAGCAGCGAGAAGGAGCUGCAGGACCGCCAGGCCCGGGAGCUUUGCCAGCUGCAGGGGCGCCUGGACCGUGCGGCGAGCUCGUGGCGGCUGAGGUCCGCCAUGGCGCGGCGGGCGCUGGCCGAGGAGGUCAGGCAGAGGGAGGGCGCCCAGCAGGCGCUGGCCGAGGCGCUGGCCGAGGCGCGGGCCCAGCGGGCUGCCGCCGAGGAGCAGCUGGCCGCUUGCCAGGCCCGGGCGGAAAGGCUGGAAGGCGAGCUGCGCUGCCGGCAGCGGCGACCUGCCCCAGAUGGCUCUGAGGAACGCGAGCAGUGGCUGGCCAGCUGGGAGGCCGACCUUUGCGCCCGCGAGGCGGUGUUGCUGCUACGUCCCGCGGUGG